CCUUGGCUGCUUAGUGAAGGGGGAGAGCAGCGAAGUUCAGCCCGGGAGGAGCAGCUGCUGUUUGGGCUGAAACAUGGUCCAGACGUGCUCAGCGUACGGCUGUAAGAACCGGUACCACAAAGACAAGGACAUCUCGUUCCACAAGUUUCCUCUGGCGCGGCCGGACGUCUGCAGGAAGUGGGUGGCGGCGAUGAGGCGGAGCAACUUCAAGCCCACCAAGUACAGCAACAUCUGCUCCCAGCACUUCACCCAGGACUGCUUCAAGAGGGAAUGCAACAACCGGGUCCUGAAGGACAACGCCGUGCCCUCACUGUUCGGCUUCAGCCUCAGCAUGAAGUCAGAGUCUCUAGAGAACCCGUUCUCCUCAGAGAUCGACUUCCCGCUCUCCCUACCGGUGACCUCUGACUCUGUGCCAGCGGAGGAGGCCGGCAGCGGCCCGGUGGACGGCAGCGGCCCGGCGGACGGCCACAGCGGCCCGGUGGACGGCAGCGGCCCGGCGGACGGCCGCAGCGACCCGGCGGCGGUGAGCGGCGACCAUAACUACACGGCGGAGGACUCGGCGCAGCAGAAGCGGCGCAUGGAGCAGCUGGAGGAGCAGCUGGAGCUGCUGCGGCGCAAACUGAAGACGGCGCAGCAGAAAGUCCGCCGGCAGCAGCGGCAGCUCAAGAGGCUGCGGGCGGGGCGGGGGGCGCGGGCCGGGCGGGGGCCGCCCGCCGACCACUACGUGGUCGUACCCAAACAUCUCUACCACACCCUGAAGGGGGUCCAGUGACCAGAACCAGAACCAGGGUUCCCUCUGACCAGCCAGACGGUUUGAUGGUCUGGACCUCAGGAAUGUGGACGAUCAGCAGCAGUGGGGCCUCCUGCACAACCAGCAGCUGCUUUAUGUAAAAUAAUGUAAAUAAAUGAAGGAUUUGAAGA